AUGUCGAUCCACAUCAAGGACUCAGAGGACCUGAAGAACAGGCUCGCCGAGGCCGGCGAGAAGCUGGUCGUGAUCGACUUCAUGGCCACCUGGUGCGGGCCAUGCAAGAUGAUCGGGCCCAAACUAGACGAGAUGGCCACGGAGAUGGCGGACUCCAUCGUCGUACUGAAGGUCGACGUGGACGAAUGCGAGGACAUCGCUACCGAGUACAACAUCAACUCGAUGCCGACCUUCGUCUUCGUGAAGAGCUCCAAGAAACUCGAGGAGUUCUCCGGAGCCAACGUCGACAAGCUAAAGAACACCAUACUGAAGCACAAG